AUGGCCACGGACCUCCCAUACGCUGCUGACGCCGAGGAGGCGCUGUCCUAUGACGAGCUCGAUGUUCUCAAACUCCAGUACCAGAAGGAGCUCGCGCAGGCACAUGUCACCAUCCAGACGAAGUUCAACUAUGCGUGGGGGCUCGUGAAGAGCCCGCUGAGGGAGCACCAGGUUGAGGGUGUGAAGUUGCUGCAAGAGAUCUACCGUGCCGAGGCAUCAAGGCGGAGAGAAUGCCUGUACUACAUCGCGCUUGGGUACUACAAGAUGGGCAACUACGAGGAUGCGCAGCGGUUCAACGGUAUCCCUAUACUCGACAAAGAGCCCACAAACUUGCAGGCCCAGAGCUUGGCAGGACUCAUCGAGAAGCGUGUUACACGAGACGGCUACAUUGGCAUGGCCCUCGUCGGCGGUCUGGCUGCGGUUGGCACCAUCGCCAUCGCGUCCCUCAUACGGCGAGCAUCCCGCAAGUGA